CACNCCCCCCCCCCCUCUCCCUCCUCACGAAGGGAAAGGGUCCCCACCACCAACAUUAAACAAAUAAUAAUUAAGUACGUAGUAGAGAAGUAUAAACCCUGAUCCGCUUCAUUCCCAUGGCCUUGAUCCGCCCCGUUUUCCUCCUCCUCCUCCCCCUCCUCCUCCUCUCCCUCGCCUUCGCCGCCGUCUCAACCACCCUCGAUGCCGCCGAUGCCGCUGCGUCCCGCGACACUGACUGGGAACUCGCGAGCAUCGGCCCCGAUGAGGACUUCGAGGAGGAGACCGCCCUGCGGACAUGCGGGAGCGGCACGGCCGCGGGGGAAUGCAGCAGUGCUGCGAUCGGCGAGGACGACGACGGCGACGACGCGACCGUCGAAGCUACGGAUGCGGAGGAGGGGGCGAACGUGAGCCGCCGCGGGCUUGCCGGCGCCUACCCGGCCGGCCGCACGAGGUUCAUCAGCUACGGGGCGCUGACGAAGAACCGCGUGCCGUGCAGCCAACGCGGGCACUCCUACUACAACUGCCGCCCACGGAGGCGCGCCAACCCCUACCACCGCGGCUGCAGCGUCAUCACCCACUGCGCCCGGAACCUCCACUAGAGAGAGAGAGAGAGAGAGAGAGAGAGAGAGAGAGAGAGAGAGAGAGAGAGAUAUGUAGAGCGAGAGAAAAGAACCAAGGAAGAAAAACGAUUUGGGCACUAUAUGUAUACGUAUGUGAGUGUUUGAGUGUGUUCAACGUUGCAUGUUACUGUUGAGUUGUUCCUUCACAUGAAUUUCCUCGAAUAUUACAUUUUAAUGCCAUAUUAUUAUUAUUAUUA